AUGCGAGUUAUUUUGUUAUUGGGUGCUUGUUUGACGCAGGCUGCUAUUGGCUUGGCUGUCCCCUUGGAUCAGCAAAAUUUAACAACAACAGCUGAGGCUACUUGGCAUUUGCCCUGGUUUUGGCGUAAAGAAACUCCAUUCCCGGAGUGGUUGCGCGAGUUUACUGGGCUAUCCGAAUGGCCUGGGGCGGAGCCUCCGUAUAUUCCUAUGGAUUUUAUCGAUAUGGGUAAAGUUCCGGCGUUUGAACCUUAUUCGCAAAAUCAAUGUGAAAGGGUUCCUCGUGAGGUUUGUUCCUUUAGUUGCCAUGCAUGCCUAGAACCGGAUGAUAUCUAUACUUGUCGCAAACUUUCUCAGACUUUUGAUGAUGGACCAUCGGAGUUUACCGAUGAGUUAUUGGACCAUUUGACUCAUAGAAGUACUUUUUUUACUGUUGGUGUCAAUGUUGUCAGACAUCCGACAACAUAUCGUAGGCUUGUUAGAGAGGGCCAUUUAAUUGGAUCUCAUACUUGGUCGCAUCCUUACUUACCGCAAUUGUCUAAUGAACAGAUUGUUGCACAGUUGCAAUGGUCGAUCUGGGCUAUGAACGCUACGGGUCAUCAUUAUCCAAAAUAUUUCAGACCGCCUUAUGGUGGCAUUGAUAACAGAGUGAGGACUAUUGCUAGGAUGUUUGGUUUACAGGCAGUUUUGUGGAAUCAUGACACUUUUGACUGGGAAUUGAAUAUUCCAAGCUCUUCAAGGUCUAUCCCGGAUAUUUUAUUGAGAGUCUCCGAGUGGAAUAACCAUGGCAAAGGUUUGAUCUUGGAGCAUGAUGCUUUUUCGACUACUGUCGAAGCAGGCAUAGAAGUCAGUCAUUUGAUUGGGGAUGAUCAGCUGACAGUGGCUCAAUGCGUUCGUGGAAUCGAUUACAUCCAGGAGUAUCAAGAUUGA